AACCUGCUGUAAGGAAGCUCUGGGCUAGACUAGGACACACCCGCAUACUGUACCUCUCUGCCCCUCCUCCUUGCCUGCCCCGUUAUGCACAUUACGCCGGUGCACAGAGAGCUACGACAGACAGCAGCAGCCGGGAUUUAAGGAAUCAGAUGUGUGUUUGUCCUUUUCAUCUCAGCCACACAGACGCUGGAGUGCUAUCCUCACUUUGAGAAGGCUGUCGAGACUUCUGGGAACCUGAGGAACCACAGGGGUGAUUUAAAACUUUAACCUAGCAGUUGACCCACCCUGUAGCACGCUGUGACCCUCAGAGGUCUAUGGUGUCAAGCCCACUUUCGUGAGGAUUUCCCACCCAGUGGUGCCCCGCCCCCGUGAAAAGUGCAGGCCUUACCCUCCCCCAUAAUGACUGUGGCUACAGGCGACCCCUCAGAUGAGGCAGCAGCACACCCUGGUCUUCCUCAGGACUAUGACCCGGGAACGGAGCAGGAGUGCUGUGAGCGAGUGGUAAUCAACAUUUCGGGUCUGCGUUUCGAGACACAGCUCAAGACCCUCUCGCAGUUCCCCGAAACAUUACUAGGGGACCCCAAGAAGCGCAUGAGGUACUUUGACCCGCUCAGGAAUGAGUACUUUUUUGACAGAAGCCGCCCCAGCUUUGACGCCAUCCUCUAUUACUAUCAAUCGGGUGGAAGGUUGCGGCGCCCCGUCAAUGUCACUUUGGACGUUUUCUCAGAGGAGAUCCGCUUUUAUGAGCUUGGAGAGGAAGCGAUUGAGAUGUUUCGGGAGGAUGAGGGUUUUAUCAAGGAGGAGGAGAGGCCAUUGCCUGAAAAUGAGUUUCAGAAGCAGGUCUGGUUGCUCUUCGAGUAUCCAGAAAGUUCUGGACCGGCUAGGAUUAUAGCAAUCAUAUCUGUCAUGGUCAUCCUCAUCUCCAUCGUCAGCUUCUGCCUGGAAACCUUGCCCAUCUUCCACAGCGAUGAGGAGAUUCACAAAGUCCCAGUUGCUGUCACUAACUCCACAACCAUUUACACAUCCACCUACUUCACAGACCCUUUCUUCAUUCUAGAGACGCUAUGCAUCAUCUGGUUCUCCUUCGAGUUCUUGGUGCGCUUCUUUGCUUGCCCUAGUAAAGCCAACUUCUUUGUGAACAUAAUGAACAUGAUUGAUAUUGUGGCCAUCAUUCCGUACUUCAUCACGCUGGGAACGGAGUUGGCCGAGACAGCAGAAGAUGGGCAGCAAGGGCAACAAGCCAUGUCUCUCGCAAUUCUGAGGGUCAUCAGACUUGUACGAGUCUUCAGAAUCUUCAAACUCUCCCGCCACUCGAAGGGACUUCAGAUUCUUGGUCAGACCCUCAAAGCCAGCAUGAGAGAGUUAGGACUUCUCAUCUUUUUCCUCUUUAUCGGAGUCAUCCUCUUUUCCAGCGCAGUCUUCUUUGCAGAAGCUGACGAACCUGAGUCACAAUUUUAUAGUAUCCCCGAUGCGUUCUGGUGGGCUGUGGUUUCAAUGACGACUGUUGGCUAUGGAGAUAUGGUGCCCACAACCAUCGGAGGAAAAAUUGUUGGAUCCCUCUGUGCCAUUGCUGGUGUAUUGACCAUCGCCCUUCCUGUGCCCGUCAUCGUCUCCAACUUCAACUACUUCUACCAUCGAGAAACAGAAGGCGAGGAGCAGGCGCAGUAUCUCCAAGUUAACGUGCCUAAAGCCGAUUCACAAGAAGAGCUGAAGGGAAGUCGAAGUGGAUCCACCAUCAGCAAGUCGGACUACAUGGAAGUCCAAGGAGGUGUCAACAACAGCAACGAGGACUUUCAGGAAGAGAACCUCAAAACAGCCAAUUGCACUUUAGCAGAUACAAAUUAUGUUAAUAUCAAAAAAAUGCUGACAGAUGUCUAGUCAUCUGGGGAGCAGGUACCACUUGAAUUAUAAAAGGACUAGUAAGCCAUGUUCGAAGGAGGAUUGUGAGGUUGAACACCUCAGUUAUUGUCAUGAGUUUUCCAAUCUCCAAUUCUUCAUUGAAAGUCUAACUGUACAUCUAGGUCCAUCCACAAUCCAAGUAUUCAUCAAUGUUUGCAUGGUCGUCGUCUAUAUCAUCCAACACCUUAUCUGGAUCAGGAGCCAAGAAUUUAUAAGGAACUGGUACACAAUUAAACAGCACAUAUAUUUCUGUAUAUUCCAUAUAUUUCCAUCAACAUCUUACUCUCAAAGUCAAGCUUCGCCAAAGAAAUGUCAUCUGUGUGCUCUAUCUGCUGUUAAAAAGGUUUGGGGUCACAUGCAGUACAUGUAUAUGAGAUAAAGAAUAUUCACAGAAGUUUCAUCCACAAUCCUGCUGCUUGUUAAAGAACACCAAUAUUCACGUAGAUUCAAGACAGGUGUCUAUUAUUUUUGCGGUUUGUGGUAAUCAGGCUGGGAAUGUCAUUGAAAACUGCUUGCUUUUGUGUCGAUAGCUAUGUGUGGACCCAAACUAAGUAUGUAUGGACAGAACUUGUAUCUACUCCUUCAUGAUUAUCCUGCUGCAAAGCUUUUCAAGACAAGAUGAAUGUCUCUACAUAUCAUAUUUUAUGUUAUUUAUAGUCUGCAGCAUCUGGGUUCAAUGUCAUUCAGUGGCUUUUCUUUUCUCAUUUCAUGUCAGUUUUUAUUUGCAGUUCUUCAGGAAAAGGAACACACAAAAACAUAUUAACACAUUAAAUGAAUAAUAAGCAAAAUAACACCCUAGUGCCACAGAAAAAAAAAUGCUUUAUGUAUUUUUUGUAAGAGCAUACUGUUCAGUGUAUAUUCUGCUGGAAGCUGCAGAGGUUGGCCAAAAUGUAGUUGAUAUUCAAAUUACUUUGUCACUUAAUGAGCCAUAUUGUAGUUCACAUUAUAGUGUUGCAUGGCCUCAAAACCAAUCCUAAUGGCAUGGAUUUUAAGCUCAAGAGAAAGUGAUAUACAGAAACUAGUUCAGAAGCUAGAAUAUGACGACAAUAUGUAUCUUGGUCUGUAUAUAUACAUAUACAGUAUACAUCUAUUUUUAUCUGCAAAGUUUUAUUGUGAUCGAAAGGUGCUGUUUUCAGUUUCAGGUUUUGGUUUGUGAGUCAAAGUAUAAAAAGACACUCAGCAUUGCAUUUGGAUGGACAGUGUAGCAUUAGGGCAUUGAUUGUUGGGACUCUGAUUGUCUUAGCAUCAGGUGACCUUGAAAUCUAGACUUACAGGCUUACAAACGUAUCUUAUGAUGAAGAAACUCUAUAAUGACAAACCACAAUGAAUCGACAGAAAUAAACUAUGGAAGUCAAUACUGGCUUUCUACCAAUGGUAGAAACUUGGCUCCAACCACAGUUAUUGUGGCCUUUCGUUCAACUUAUAGCCAUUAUCAAGGCAGCAAAAACUCUUUUUUUUUAUUCUCGACUCUUUAGACACAAAAUCCUUAGACUCUAUAUGGAUUGACUGAUGAUUUUAUUAUUUGAAUGUGGAACAUGACUGUGUACCAUUAGAAGGUUUUUCACCCACAUCCAUUCCAAUCUCUCACCUGGGCUUGCAGGUGCCUUUGUCUUUGUCUCUUUUUUAAGCAGACUUUAUGUGCUGAUGCUGCUAAUUUAGAAGCAGAUACUGCUUUCACAGCUGCUGCUAAUUAUGUAUUCUUUUUAAAAUUAAGAAUAUAGACAGCAAUGCAACACGCACAAUUCGGGUUGGUUUAACAAAGUGUAUAAUCCUGAAUGUUAAACCAAUCUAUCCAAAUUGACGCCCCACAAUGCAUAGCCAGUGCCUAAGAAAUGUACUAAACUUCUUUUUGGAUGCUUUAAAGCUGAAGUGUGUCUUUUUUAUGUUAAAAACGGUCUGUAAUCCAUUUGUGGAUUAAUUUCCCCCGAAAGUGUGGCGCUUUCGAAUCACUGCUCUGAUGUAUAAGCAGCACAACACAGCAACAUUGGCUCAACCAGUGGACUUUAAAGCAAAACUAUCUGUCUGACACGUGGCAGACGGGGAGUGUUUGGAAGAUUUCUUUUGAAAAUCAUUUUUGUAAUUCCACUAGGGGAACAGAAAUGACCCACUUCAGGUCUAAUGCAGGCAAACAGCAGGUUUUCUAUGCAUGAUUUCAGACAGUAUGCUGUUGGUAAUUCGCAUGUCAUCCUAAACCAUAUACAUUAACAUUUUCACCCUAACUUUAUAUAUAAUGUGUGACCAUAACAUGUAUUGUGACCAUAACAUGUAUUGUGCUUUUGGUGCUAGACCUGGCAGUGUAAAAUGUCAGGGCUAUAACAGUACCUCUUUGAAGCCUUGUUUUUUCCCUCAUUGGACAGGCACAUCUGUGAAACACUUUUGCCUGGUGCACCAGUUUCUUGUAUCACAUUUGAUUUGUGUGUUGAUUUUCUAAAUGUCAUUUGAAAUGCUAAAUGAUGGCAUUGAAUGUCACAAAAUCAUUUGUUAGCAUCUCAUAAUCAGCCUAUAGUCACAGUUUAGAAAGGAUGUGUAUCAACUCAUGCAAUCUGUUUUUUUUUUUGGCCUUCACAGAAGUUUUUGUUUUAGAAUAAAAAUGAUGGGGAGGAAAGGCAAAUUCAGUCAAAACCAUAUAAUCAUAAAGUCAUUCUGUUUAUAUUAUUAAUUCAAUUUCAUUUCAAUUUAUCACACAGAUUUAGAGCAAUACAUUUUUAAAUUAAAUUAAAUGACUACUUUUCUCCUAUUCAAUGAGGGGAAAAAAUGUAGACUAGCACAAGUUCUGGAUCAUCAAAUGUUGGUGUUCUAAAACAGAAAAGAUCCAAUCCAUACUACAAGAUUGUUAAAACAAUGUAUAAAUAAGCAAUUUAGUUAUUGGCUAAUGUUAACCAAGAGUCAAAUGGCUAGAAAAGGAACAUCAUUUCAGAGGACACAUUAUUUAUUUUUUCUUUUCUUUUAUAAAUCAUACACCAUUAAUCCAGGACGAUUACUGAGUAAAUAUGUAGAUUUCAUGUUAAAGCGUAAAUGCACUGUUUAAAAUACAGUGAAGUUGUACCUGUGAACCAGUGAACUGUUGUACUAUGCUUUAAUUGCCUUUGGCCUUAUGAGUACAUGACUAGGUUGCAGUGAUUGAGACGAGUCCUGUAUCUGUCCAUCCCAAGUUGUUGAGCCUGCAAAGAAAGUCUCUCUUAUUGCUUAAUUAUGCAAUACAGUGUUAUAUGUGUGUGUGUGUGUUGGCAUGUGUGUAUAUCCAUAAAGCUCUUCAGACCCUAUAGCCUGUGCUCAACAGUCAGACCAAGGGAUGUCUAGACUUAUACAAAAAUUUCAAUUGGCAGAGAGUUGUAUGAGUCAGUUUCACCCCAUUCUGGCUGUAAAGGACAAGCCCCAAGACAAUGAACGUUUUACACUCCUGUUAGUGUGAUCCAGUAUGUAAUAUUCACUCUACAAAGCAGCCAUGUUUUUUUAGGAUGUAACCACUGAAAAACAGUAUGUUCAGUGUUACUGGAUAUAAAAAAGCACUUUACAAGCACCAGUGGACAAUCUAUGGAUUGAGUCAUGCAUAUAUCCCUUCCAAAUGAUCAAUACUGCAAAUACAACAAAAAGAUGAUAUAUGAAACCCAA